CGACUGCAGCAGCGCGAGACAUCGCCGGGGUGGCAGCAGAAACAAGCCGCGGCGGGGUGGUCUCUGUCCUCCUGUCUUCUGCGGCGCCGCCCCUCCCGGUUCCGGAACUCCAAUUGGGGGAAGGAGCGCGUGCCUACUGCAGCCGCUGCUUGCCUGCUGUCCGCUCGCUCGGGUGCGCGGGUGCCGGCGCGCUCCUCCUUCUUCUCCCCCAAGACUAGCCCCGCACGCGGACGGACUGCUGCUUGCCUGCGCCCAUCUCGCGCUUGGGUUUCCACUCCUCUCGCGCGCGCCCUGGCACGCCGAGCCCGCUUUGAAUCCGCUGCUUUUCGUAGGAUUGCUGUGUGGGGCGGUUGGUGCUGGUGCUGCAGUCGUCUUUCGGCGCCCCCUCCCCCACUAAGCCUCCCAAGUUUCCCCGUUCUCGAGCUUCCUUUUCUCUCCUGGCAAGAUUUCUUCAGCCUCACCAAGUCCUCCUUUUCUCCUCAUCAUUAUUUGUCAUCACCACCACCACCAUCAUCAUCACCACCACCACCACCACCACCUCUCUCUCUCUCUCUCUCUGGAAGCUCCUUUGAACGCCUCCUGGUACUCCCAAGGUAGGCUUCUCACCCUUCCCCCUUCCCCUCUUAUCUCCAUCCAUGGAAAAACUCAAAAAUGAGUGGCUUUGUGUGUUGAUCUGCACAGAAACGGGGAAAAGAUGUUAGCCUCUGUUUCCGCCAGUCUCGACGUGGAUGUGCAUGUGCAUAAAGAGGAUUCACUGAACCUUUCCUCACCCCUCAGCUAAUACGAGCCUCCUGUUUUGAGUAGAUCCUUUUUAAAAAAGAUUCUGCAACUUUGUGCUGCGCUGUGACUGUUGUUAUUUAUGAACUGCAUAUCUCGUCUUCAUGAACGUGACAGCCUUUAGGGUUUGUAAAACAGCUGCUCUCAAGAGGAAGAAAAUACCCUACAUAAUGCAGUGGCUUCUCAUUUUCUUGAUAUGCUUUUCUGCAAGAUCAGCACUGGCUGACCCCAAUGAAGAUGAAGCAAAAAAUAACAUUACCAUCUUCACAAGAAUUCUAGACAGACUUCUGGAUGGUUAUGAUAAUCGUCUAAGACCUGGACUGGGAGAUAGUACAACUGAAGUUUUUACAAAUAUCUAUGUGACCAGUUUUGGACCAGUUUCAGAUACUGACAUGGAGUACACAAUAGAUGUUUUCUUCCGCCAAAAAUGGAAAGAUGAAAGGCUAAAAUUCAAGGGUCCCAUGAACAUUCUCCGACUGAAUAAUUUAAUGGCCAGCAAAAUCUGGACUCCAGAUACAUUCUUUCAUAAUGGAAAGAAGUCAAUAGCUCACAACAUGACUAUGCCAAACAAGCUACUACGAAUCCAGGAUGAUGGUACUCUUUUAUAUACUAUGAGGCUUACAGUCCAGGCUGAAUGUCCAAUGCACUUAGAAGAUUUUCCUAUGGAUGCUCAUUCAUGCCCAUUGAAAUUUGGCAGCUAUGCAUAUACUACAGCAGAAGUAACCUACAAGUGGACGCUCAAUGCAUCAGAUUCUGUAGAAGUAGCUCCAGAUGGUUCAAGGUUGAAUCAGUAUGAUCUCUUAGGCCAAACAAUUGGACAGGAAACUGCCAAAUCCAGUACAGGUGAAUACACAGUGAUGACAGCUCAUUUUCAUUUGAAGAGGAAAAUUGGUUAUUUUGUGAUUCAGACCUAUCUUCCCUGCAUCAUGACAGUCAUUCUGUCUCAGGUGUCAUUCUGGUUGAACAGAGAAUCUGUUCCUGCAAGGACAGUUUUUGGAAGAGACCUGGUAGGGGGGGCCGCAUGUCGAGUGUCAGCCAUUCCCUCGACACAUGAUCCCAGGGACUGUGACAAGCCAGAAGAACAGAGACACGGAGUAACAACAGUGCUAACAAUGACAACGUUAAGCAUCAGUGCUCGUAAUUCCCUGCCCAAAGUAGCUUAUGCCACAGCUAUGGAUUGGUUUAUUGCGGUUUGUUAUGCAUUUGUGUUCUCUGCCUUGAUAGAAUUUGCCACUGUAAAUUACUUCACAAAAAGAGGAUGGGCAUGGGAUGGAAAAAGCAUAGUCAAUGAUAAGAAAAAAGAAAAGGCCUCAGUCAUUAAGAAAAACAAUGCCUACGCAGUGGCUGUUGCCAAUUAUGGACCAAACAUCACCAAGGAUUCUGUUCUCCCCACCAUCUCCAAGAGUGCUACCACUACUUCAGAACCCCACAAAGUCAAACCAGAAACCAAACCACAAGAAGCAAAGAAAACUUUUAACAGUGUUAGCAAAAUUGACAGAAUGUCUAGAAUAGUAUUUCCAGUUUUAUUUGGCACAUUCAACUUGGUGUAUUGGGCCACAUAUCUAAACAGGGAACCUGUCUUGCAUGGGUUUGCACCCUCACACUAAAACCUUAACUUUAUGCUGAGGGCAUGUAACAUCAUUAUGAUCAAAUUGUUUUCCUAUGUACAGUAUGACUAAUAACUGCUAAUCAAUGAACUAAUAUGUACAGGAUGUAUAUAGAUGUCAUGUUUGUUUAUCUCCAAAGGAGGUGCACAGAGUUUAGUCAUGGGAUCUGUAAGCAUCUCUCUGUACAGGAGAUGGCUCUCGUAUCUAUGUGAGUUCUCCUAAAUUUGGAUUUAACUAUGCUUAAUUAUAUCCAUACAACUCAUAUACUGUAUGGUCCUACAUAAUUACAUAACUAGUAAUGCUAUUUUUUUAAUUUAAAGUUUAAGAUAUUUUUCUAUGAGACAACUGAUUCUACUUAAUGCAAAGAAGCUAUCAUUUAAAAAGAGAAGGAUUUUUUUAAAAAAGAGUAAUCUUAAUAAUUUCUUACAGUAUCAGUGCCCGUGUAAAUAUUAUAGAUAUGUGGUGACCAUAAGUACUCUCUUGUUAGCAAUCAUUAAGAACGCAAGUUAUGCAUAAAAGAUUCAGAAUGACAGGGAUAAUAAUUUCCUUUAAUCAAGUUUUGAAGUUGCUAAUUAUCGGCUUAUCCUAUGGUGUGACCAGUGGUCUGUUGAUAAACAAAAGGGUUGCACUUGGAGAUUCCUUCCAACAAAUACAAGGAAAUAAUUGAAUCCAUACCCAUUGCAGAAGAUGUUGACAACAUGCAGAAACACAAUGAGAUAUAAAACUAAACAACUAAGCAUGUUAUGUUGGUUCCUGGUUAGUUAUAUUAAGUCAGUAAUUAGUUAUUUCCCUUCUUCUGUCUCCAGUGCAUUCUGGAUCAAGUGACUUCUACUGAAUCAUGAUUUAAAAGCUGAAAUAGGCAAUUGUGCAGAAGUUCAAAGAGAAGCAAUAUUGAUAAGACAACCUCCAUAUAUUCAAGUCACUAUUUUUGUAGAUGUCAACAUCUACAUCUUUUUGUUGCUCUUUUGGUUCUGAGAUAUAUAGUUUAUUACAGACGAGAUAUUUUUAUACCAACUGGGACAUCAAAGUUGGAAACCUAUGUUUUAAGUUGGCAGAAGCUUAAACAGGAUAGAAUUUAAGCGGAGAAUUUAACCCAGCAGGAACACCUGUUUCUUCCCAGAGAGAUAUACUUGCUAUUAGAAAUAGAAAAAGCUAUUGAAAAGCUAUUGAAAGCUAUGCAGAUAGCUUCCGGCAUCACUGCUGAAAUGCAUGGAUAUUUUUGAACAUUAACAUGAAGAUUUACUGUUUCUUGGAAAGAGGUUCCUUGUCUGAUAAAUUUAAUGAUUUAACUUCCAAACAAAACUUCUCUCUUCCUAUCCUGUCCUGUCUUGUCCUGCAAAAUUACUUUUUCUCUCUUUUCAUCCAAUUUUUUUCUGUUCCCUUCAUUCCAUUUCUAUCCCUUUUCAUUUUAUUCUUAUGGCUUCAUGAAGGAGAGAGAGAGGAAUAUGCAUGUAUGUGGGUGUCUGUACCUACAUAUUUCUCUCUAUAAAAAAGUUUAGAGUUUGAACAUGGUUGAUAUGUGCUGAUGGGAGUUCAUAUCAAUAAAGUUGGUACUUAAUUUUAUAGGAAAUUGGUAAGUAUUACUUCAGUUUUUUUUAAAUUUUAACCUGUCUGUACACUUUUUGGGAUGGGAGUAUUCCAACACACACACAUACACACACAUAUAUAUUAAGUGUUUUUCUAUCGAGACACCUUAAUCUCUCCCCUGGCUCAAGCUGAUGAAGGGAGGAGAACUUGUGGCUCAGAGGUUAAUACAACUGCCUAACAAGCAGGCAGCCCAAGUUCGAAUCCAAGUAAGGGUAUAAGUCUGUUAGUUAAAAUGCUUAAAAUCUUAAAAUCCUGGCUAAAAACCCAGCUCAAAAUCCUCUAAAAUCCUAACAAAACACUUUGUAAGGUCUUUUGUAUAUAUGUGUAUAUGUAUGUAUGUGUAUAUAUUUGUAUAUAUAUACAUGUGUAUACACACACACACACACACACACACACACACACACACACACAUAUUACCCUGUUUCUCCCAAAUAAGAUCUCCCCUUGAUAAUAAGUCCAAUCGGGCUUUUGAGCGCAUGGCAGUAAGGCCAAGCGCUUAUUUCAGGGUUCAAAAAAAGACAGGGUCUUAUUUUGGGGAAAACACAGUAUAUAUUGUACAAUCUGUGACCUAUUGGGUAAUCAUUUCAGAGAAACAGAAUACUCUGGGAAGCUCUGGGAGCAGGAACAACAUCCAGCUUCCUGCUUGCUUCCCCAUUAACUUUCAUUGUAAAAAGCUGGCAGGGAGAAAUGAUGAUUGCAUAACUGUGGCUGAUAAAUCAUAACUUUACCAAUUUUCAAUCUAACAGGGAUCCUGCAUUUUGGAUGCAUUAUUUAAGUUAGCUCAUUUGAGGUACAUUGAUUCAAAAUUGUUGCCCUGUGAUGCACCGCUUCACCCAAUUGAAGGUUACAAACAAUCAAACAGACACAAGAGUUUUAGCAGUAUAUAGAUAUACACACAAACAGGAGAAACUGGCAUUGUAUGGUAUUUUGGUCUGGAUUUAUAAUAUACUGUAUUUUUCUAACUACCCUACAUUUGGGGGAAAUUCAUAUUUGAGGUAAAUAUGAUCCUUCAAAUAAGCCAUUCACUAUUAAGGAUAUAGUAGUAGCAGUAAGGUAAGGUCAAUUUUCAUUUUAUUAUUUGAAAUGACUAGAAAAAAUAUUUGUUUUCAAUUAUUAUAUUUCUGAAUUUUUGAAAUGAGCAGCCUUAGGAAUCCUUUGCAUUGAUUGCUGUGCAUAUGACAAUUUGCCACUAAUAGUAUCAAGUGACUUCACUAAUAAGCCUAAAACUGAAUCCAAAGGUUGGUACCAAAGGAUGGAUACAAAUGUUCACUUCCAUAUGAUGAAGUUAUCUUUUGCUCAUGGAAAAGCUGUUCUCAGUCUCUAGAGUAUUGCAUGAGAAAUGUGCAAUUCAAUCCAAAGAUGUUCUUCCAUUUAUGGAACCUCCUUCUGCAUGAUCUUGCUCAAGCAGAAGCAUAAAAGCUACCAUCACAUUAGUAAGUGCUUGAACAAGCAGUUUGUAGAUCAGCCUAAAUAAUCAUUUUCUUUCUGUAUACUUGUUCCUUGGAGUCUGUUCAAAACCAUGUUUUGUAGCCAUGGUUUGAUAUAUGUAAUAUUAACCCAUUCAACUAUCCAAUAAUGAAAAAACUUCUGACACUUUUUUUAGUUUACUAUAAGAAGUUCUAGAAACUAGAUAGAAAAAGACUCUUGAUCAGUCAAUCGGGCAUAAUCUCAUGGAUAAUUUGCUUGUCUUAAUACCAUGAGAAGCAACAUUUUACAUUUUUACAUAUAGGUAUAUGACUUUAUCUAGAAGUAAACUACAUGUAGUAGACAAGGCAACUUUGAAUAUAAAAUCCACCUUGUGAAUUUCCAUUUCAAAAUGGAAAAUGGAACUUUCAAAAGAAAUGCUAAGUACCUAGAAUAUACAAUACCUUCGGAUACUGUUCAUGGAAUUAAAUACAUUGGUAACAUAAGAUUUUUGUGCAUUCUUUUCCAAAGUAAAGUUUCCAUUAAUUCCACUCUAAAAGCCUUCCUUCAUACUAUUUGUUUUUCAAUGUUGGUUCCAUAAUGGUAGUUCAAUUAAUUCAUUUAUCAUAAAUUAUUGUUGCUGCUUUUGUAAAGUACAAUUUAUCUUUUCCUGGCAUAAAUGUAAGACAACUUUUUUAAAAAAUAGUUUUUCUAUGAAGUGGAUUAUUUUUUUGUUUUUGUUUAUAAAGAAAAAAAUCUUUAAUGCUUCAUAAAUACUUAAAAACUUAUGAAAACAAAACUAAAGCCUGUAUUUACAAUUUUUGUAUUAUAUUUAAUAUGAUCCAUUAAUUUCAUUCUGAAACUUAUCCCCAAAGCCCUUAUAAACAAUAUCAUCAUUGAUAAUUAUUUAUAGUUUUAAAUUUUUCAAUAGAUUUGGUCAAUCAAAAGUAUUUGAUUCACAUACUGGUACAUAUUAGCAGUUUAUGGUUGAUUUUUAAGAAAAAAAAUACAUCAGAAUCAUGGUGUCUUUAUAGUAGAACUGUGUAGUUGUCUAGUGUUAUUUAUUGCAGUUUUGUACAGUACUUGAACAUAGUGCAUAAACUAGAUAUUGCAAAGUUUAACAAUACUGUAUAUUGUAAAUAUAAAGCAAAUUUAAAAUUAAUGUGUGGAAACUCAUGUAUAUAUGUGUUUGUAUGUAUGAGGUUAGAAUGCAGUGUUUUGGCUGAUUCUGCCCACUGCCAGGAAUUCGAUCCUGACCAGCUCAUGGUUGACUCAGCUUUCCAUCCUUCCAAGAUCUGUAAAAUGUGGACCCAGAUUGUUGGGGGCAUUUUACCUCAUUUACCUACCUCGGAAGGAUGGAAGGCUGAGUCAACCUUGAGCCUGGUGAGAAUUGAACUCGCAGUAAUUGUAGGCAGCUGGCAGCUAAAUACUACUUUAACAGUAGUUUAGUCCACUGCACCACAGUGGAUGGUGGUUUGUCCCUAGGAACAAACAUAAACAUAACAUUACCCUAAACUAAAGGCAUUUCAUGUAAUAGGAAAAAGUGUAAAGGAUGGAACCAUAUUGCCCCAUAAUGUAUUUAUCCCCUUUAAUAAAUUAUCCUUUCUUAAUUAACAGUAGCUGAAAACAUAGUUUAUUUCAAACAUUAUUAUAGAAUAAGAAAAUCCUUAUUUUUAUAUCUGUUCAUAUAUAAUGUAGAUCUAUAUUACUCAGAAACGAGUGCAACAGUGUUGUGAAGGUGAGCAAUAAAAAGUUCUUCAUGGUAUAGUUAUACAUAUUUUAAAAUGUUUUAUUUGUAAAUUAGCAAUUGGCUCUCCAGUGCUAUGCUAUCCAGGUACAAAUACAUGUAUAAGUAUGUAUAUAUGUAAAUCAAAUGUAAAUACCACAAUGUAGACAGUUUUUAAUUUUUUUGUUUUUGGACAAAGGGCUGCAACAACAUAAUUCUAAGGCAAAGCCCUAGUCAUUGAUCUGAAUUCUUCUCUUCAAAUGUCACAAAUGUUUCAAAUGUUACAUCUGGGGUUAAUUCUCAAUCUGUGUUGUUCUUGGAAACCUGCAAAAAAAAUGCUAGUAGUAGGAAAGGUAAAAUAACCACUCUUUAUUAUCAGUGAUAUCCUUCUCUUUGGUGCUCCAGCAUUAAUUUUUUGUUAAUUUUUUGAGGCGUUCUGAGUGUGAUGAAGUGUGAACCAAUGUUUUCAAAAGACCCAAUACAGUCUGAUUCAUCUGUUGCUUUGUCCUCACUGUCACUGUACAUGAAACCCAGUAGUGAAUCACAGGUCAUAAGAUCUUCCAAGUAUGUAAUAUUUAAGUGUUCACAACUAGUCAAGGCUCUUCUGUCUCAAACUGCUCUGUGUUUUUAUCUCUCAUUAAUUUCAUAGGAGAUGACAGUUCAUAGCACUGCACAAGAUUUGGUCUUUAGAGAAGGAGAAUGUGUUUUAUAACCUAAAUAUUUUCUUAAAAUUUGAUGUGAUAUCAGAGACUUUUGUUCCUUCCAACAAUAGCUGAUCAGAAGUUUGCUUCUCAGAAAUUAGGAAAGAGGGGAUCUUAGAUACAAUUGAUUUAUGCAGUAGAUUUUCUUUGUGCUGUCUAGAUUGAUAUAUCAGGGCUGGAAUUUGUAAUUUUUCAGGCAGCAGGUAGGAUAUAACUGAACAAUAUUUGUCUAGAUGAAAUUCUUUUUAAACUUUGUGGAACCUAGUAUCAAAUAAUCAUGCAUAUUAGUGAGCUUGCAAUAAACUUUACACAUACUGUUAUUACAAUUCCAUGCAACAAUAAUGUAAUUGCUCUUUGCUUUUAACAAAA